AUGUCUGGUUUAGAUAUCACUAUUAUUCUCGGUAACAAACAAAGACAACUACCCAAACCGUUUAAUAAUCGUCCUGGAUAUGAUAUGAAUUAUGUUAGGACAUAUAUCAACUAUUAUCAUCCUAAUUAUUAUGUUGAAGAAUUUGAGAAACUCUUCGAUACUGAAAAAAAAUAUGACAACUUGUCUAUCGUAAAACGGGAUGAAAAACUUAUUCAAUGGGCAGUACGAGUUAGAAUCAGUCUUCAAGAUUUAUUAAGCGAGAAUAAACUUGGUAUGUAUCAUAGAUAUUGCUUAUUCGCUUCUUAUCCUGGAGGUAGACUUGUAGGUUAUAAUUAUUUCCGAAAUUACUACAGACCAAAACCACUUAAGAAUGGGACUGCUAUCUGUUUCGGGUGUUGGAAGGUAUUUCGUGCUGAUGCGGAUAUAAAGCCUAAAAAAACGUUUGACCAUGCUUAUAAAAGAUUUGCGGAAAUG